CAUGUCCGACAUUUGAAAUUGUAUUUUCGCAUCUUUAUAAUAAAAUAACUUAUGUUACAUAAUAUUUAAUAUUCUUAUAAUGUUGAGAGCCCUCUCAUGACAACGCGAUUAACCAUUGGUCCCUACGUAUGUGGGCUGUCUAUUAUGAUCGAUGAUUGUAUAUUAUUCAGUUUGUAGGAUCUGUGCAUAAAUCUGAUGGCCGCUCCGGUAGCGACAAAGGAGGCUCGGCGUGGUGGACAGAAACCACUUGCACAGUACUCCGAAACGAUCUGUGGAUUGAAUGCCUCGAUCCUACCCGCCGUCGUUCUGUCUACCGUCACCUGGUAUUUGUUACGGUACGUUGUGCAACCAUUGUUCGGCCCCAAUGAGUAUUAUAUAGACGAAGAAUUUCAUGUGCCACAAGCACGACACUAUUGUCAAGCAGCGUUUCAUAAAUGGGAUCCAAAAAUAACUACACUUCCUGGACUUUAUUUAUUGUCAAGUACUGUGUUAGUACCUUUUAUGAAAAUUUAUGACAAAAUAUUGUCACUAUUUGGUGUAUUGGACCAUGAUCUCCUUCAUGGCAAUGAUCCAUGUUCUUUGGUUGCAUUGCGGGCUGUAAAUGCGGUGGGAGCUCCAGCAUGCUUAUAUUAUGCAUUCUACCGAUGUCAACUACUUCUUUUUCUGAAUGAAAAUAAGAAAACAAAGAUUGCAAAAUGGUCUUGUGUGUUCUUGGCUCUCAGUGUAGCAACAUUCCCUGUUAUUUAUGCGCCAUAUUCAAUGCUUUAUUAUACAGACGCAUGGGCUACAGCAUCUGUUUUCUUAUGGUAUUCCAGUCAUUUGAGUAAUGAGACUAAUUUUUUGGUCAAAAUUAUAUUUGGUGGAUUUUCUGUCCUCUGUCGUCAGACAAACAUCGCAUGGUUAGUCUUCGCAACCAUUAUAGAUGUGUGUCACUGCGCCGAACAAUGUUUUCCUACUAUAAAAAAUAGUGUUUCUAUAUUUUCGUACAUCCAAGCUACAAUUAUUGAGUUCUACCAUUGCUGUUCAAUUAAAAACAAGCAUAAGUCCAAGAAGUUAAUAGAAUUUUUUCAGAAAUGUCUACGUGUCACCUGCCCUAAUGUCAUAGUUAUUUUAUCUUUUUUUUUGUUUGUGGUUUUUUUAAAUAAUGGUGAUAUAGUUGUUGGUGAUCGACAAGCACACAUUCCUCGUUUUCAUCCAAUGCAGUUGUGCUACUUUGUUGUAUUUGUAUUAGCAUUUUCAUUACCAUGGUUGUUAUCUCAGGCCUAUUUUAAAGGACAAACUUCUAAUUCUUUUAGCAUACAUUUCAAUUUAGCUAAAGCCUUUCAUGAAAUUCACAAUAACACAUCCAAAGUACUAGUUGUCACUCUAUUAAUUAUAAUAUCUGGGUUGGUGUAUUUUAACACUAUUGCUCAUCCGUACUUGUUGGCUGACAACAGGCAUUAUACAUUUUAUGUUUGGCGAUUGUUUUUCAGUCCUGGUAAACCAGUCUUUUUGAGAUAUUUACUAGUACCAUUGUAUGCAUGCGGUCUAUGGUUAGUAAAUAGAACAUUGAUGCAAUCUUCAAUUGCUUAUAGAUUGGCAUAUUGGAUAGUAACACCUCUUAUUCUUUGUGCUCAAUUCCUGUUGGAGCCUCGUUAUUUUGUUGUACCAUAUCUUAUGUAUAGACUACACAGUAAUAAACAAUUUAUAAACAGUCAUACUUUUAAAGCAGCGUUCAUUGAGUUUAUUGCAUACCAGGUUUUUAAUUUUGUUAUAAUGAGGGUAUUUUUGUAUAGUCCUUUUGUUUCAUCUAUGGACAACACAGGUCGAUUGGAUCGCUUUACUUGGUGAUUUUUUUGUUAAUUUAAGUUUAUAUCUAAUUGAAAAUCCUACAUUAUAUAUAUUAUGUUAAUUUUGUUAUUUGCUAUAGAAAUGUGAUAAUUUUAUACUAUAAGGUAUAAGACACAAUGCAAUUGUACAAUAGGAACGUUUAUGUUUAAACAAAAUUAUGUGAUUCUUUGAUAACUAUAAAUUAGAAAUAGAAGUGUUGACAAAAUAAGUACCAAUUGAAUACUUAAAUAUUUUAUUAGUCUAAUAAUUGUUUUCACAAUUUCGAUAAAUUUUCCUAUGAAGAAUUCCAUUAUAUGAUUUUGCUAGUGCGAAAUUGAUGAUAGAUCACAAUUUUAUUGUAGAAAAAUCAAACCAUAAAAACCCAAUUCUGUAUUUUAUCAAUAUUGACUUAUAAAAUAUUACAUUUUUUGUUCUGUUACUAAUGUUUACAUUUUACUAUGUAUCUAACUUUUAAUAUUUUUUUAUCUAUUGAAAGUGUCAUAUAUUUAAUUUUAAAAUCAUGUAUGCUGAACUUAAAAUGCAUAAAAAAGAAAAUAAUUUCUAAUUGUUUAGAAUAAAUAAAUAAAUAAUUGUUCUUCAGAUUAAGUCUAAUAUUUGAGAUGCAUUGUGACUGGUCCACACAGAGUCUGGUUUUUGUUGUAUUUCUGUUUUUAAAACAUUUUAGAUUGACCUAUCUAUGUUGGGAAAAGUUGAGCUUAUGUUUUGUUUUGUUUUGUUUUCUUGUCCUUCCUGACAUUAAAGUACAAAAUUAGGUUCUUGGACAAAUUUCAUGUUAUAUCACUAUAAAAAUAAACACAAACAUGGGACAAAUAAACAAAUUACUAUUAAUACAAUAAUUACAAUUGCCAAACAUCAAAAUACUUAACAUAUGAAUAUUUUUUGUUAAUGUCGUGGAUAUACAUGUUAAUAAUUCAUGUUCAGAAAAUGAAAAAUUCUCCCAAAUUGGUUGUAUGUUUGAUGUCUAUAUGUUAAUAUUAUUUAUUAUUGUUAAUUAAAUAUAAUCACAUUGACAUUUGUUACUAAAAUUCAAAAAAAUACAACCCCAUCUAAAUUAGAUUAAAUUAAAAUAUAUACGUAUUUUCUUACUAUUGUGUUUUUAAUGAAAUUAUUAUAUUUGUAGAAGAAUAAAGACCAUAUAAUUGUAUUGUACUAUUAAUUAUACAAAAUAAUUAUUUUCUUAAAUUUAUUUAAAUUACAUUUAUAUUUUGUAUUAAAUGUAAUAAAAAUGUAUUCAAAUAUUUAGCAAGACUGGCACAUAGUAUUUAUUAUAAAUUUAUUCAAAUACCAAACGAGACUGACCCAUAUUUUAUUAGUUCUAUUUAUUAUGUAUUAAAAUAUCGAUAAGAUUGUCAUUAUUUUUAUUAUAAAUACAUUCAAUAUUAAACUUAC